AUGCCUGAAAAACUUGGAGAAGAAGAUACAUCUGAAGCUGAUCUCAUCUCUCAGCUAUACAAUCUCACCGGGGAAUCGAGUAACACUCGUCCAACACUAUAUCGACUUGAGAAUGUUCUGGAACGUCUCAAGAGUUCUCCACAAACUGGCGAAAAAUUGUCGGAUGACGUGGAGAAAUUGAAUCGAAUUGAAUGUGAGAUAUUGGAAAAACGAGCUUAUUAUGAAGGGAUGCAAAAGUUUCAGAAGGAGUCUUACUAUUUCACGAGAAAUCUAUUGAUGGCUGUUGGUGGUUUGAUGAUUCCAGUCGUUUCAAUCUUCAUAGUGGCAAGUUUCAUUGAGAAGGAACUUCCCUUUAUGAUCAGAGUAUUGCUCAGUGAGACCACUUUUAUUCCAGUGGUGGCUUUCAUUAUCUAUCACAUAUAUACCAACAAACCCAAACUUUCUUCCGGAAUCCAGAAUGAAAAGAUUCGUCAUAAAAUGGCUGAGAAGAUGACAUCUAUAGAAUUCACUAAACGCCAAUUGAAGCUCGCGUAUAUCUUAUCGGAUUGUACCGGAUCGAUGGGACGGCAAAUAUUGGAGUUGAGAAAUCAAGAAAUGAUUAUGAUCCUCGCUACUCUUCAACUGGUUCUGAUCUACUCUUUCAUUGUCUCGAACUCGUCUUUCGGAUUGUUCAACGGAUACUUGAUGUUCGUCUCAGCAUGUGCCAUAAUUACGUAUUUUAGACUUGAUAAAACUGUGAUCUGA